ACAUCCUCCGCCAUUUUUGUCUCUUGGGUACAAUCCUGGAGCUGAUUCUAAUCGUGCCAAGGUUACAGUUCCCGAAUCUGGACCGGCUUUCGUCUUGCCGUUCACACCUCCGUCCGAAGAAGAGCAACUGGAACCAGACUCCUCAUCAUCCGUGAUUGCGGAGACCAAGGAAACCUUUUCCAGGGAUCCCAAAGAUUAUUCUCCAGGAAAGUCAGCGGAAGAGGGAGAGCCUCCUCCCCCGUAUACCGAAGGAUCUAGUCCCAUAACCUCAUUCACUUACGUUAUGGCUACGGCAGGAGGCGCGUCGAGUAUCAUCACUCAAGUGCAACAGGCGGGUGGACCACCGAUAAACACUUUAGGAGACAUCGGCGGCGAUGAACAUAUCACUCUCGACCUCAGGUUUACACUCUCUCGGGACGAACUGUUGACACUACCGGAGUUUGUCCUUUUAUCGCUGUUUCCGAAUGGUUUGCUUCCAGACGGACACAUGGGCACCUUUCACGAAGGUGACAUUUACCCUGUUGAUUAUGACCCGGUGUCUCUUCAGUACAUGCUAGACUUCUUCCGCUCCGUCGCUCAAUCCAUCCCAUCGUCGCCAGCAGCCUCGACAUCACAAGACCUAGACGUAUCCCCCGACUCCUUGCAAGGAUCGACUAGGGACAUGCUCCAGGACCGGGCAGGUAUCAUCGUGCUACGGGAAGACCUUGAUUUUUAUGCAAUUCCUCCACGGCCGGAUAUCGAUCACGCGGAAAUGAUUGAGGUCAAACGUGCAGCUGCAAGAGCACUACUGAAACAAGAUGGGAUAUUCUCAGGAUUGAGGAAGAGCGAUGAGGCCGGCUCAACAGAGCAGCACUUGAUCGAGAUGCUGACUGCAGGCGGUUUUGAUCGUGAUGAUCGGUGGGGCCACCGUGCCCCAGAGCCCAAUAAGGCAGUUAUCUGUAGCCUCGCAUUGGCCAAACUCCGUACUGAUAUCAAGGGUGAUGUCCCUAAUAACAACGCAGUCGGCAUGGCCCAGAAACUCCUCCUAUUUUGGAGAAAACCUGCUAGAAGAUGCUGGUGGGAGGGUGUUGAGUUGGAGAAUAUCGAAGGCGUUGAAGGCAAGGUGAAAAUCUGGAUUCGGAGAGUAUGGACUUUAGAAAUGGUAAGGCUUGCAAACCCUACGACUGAUCUGACGGCUCAUCCUAACAUGAUUGUAGAGUGUAAUUGGGCUUCGAUGACCGAUUCAUACCUAUCCUUUAAGCUUCGCAUCCUUCUCGUGCACCGUCUUGCAUGCUAGAAGCAUACCGUUGGCAGCAAUUACUUCUUUUGUUUUUUCCACAACUCUUUUUUUCUUUUCAAGCCCAUCUUUGGAGGAGUUCAUGAUAUCCCUAUCUACUUCCGCGUCUGCCGUUGCAGACAAGGUAAAUGGCGUAUUCAAUUAAAGAUUGAGGGUACUAGUGUCAUUCUGUUUAUUGUUUCCACCAGCUGGCCGGACUCCCAUGCAUUGAUAUAACCCCUCUUUUCUUUUUCUUUUUUUCUUUGUGCUUGCUGUCCAUAGUUAACAUUUUAUCCUCAACAUCUUCUUUUGUUUCUUGUUUAACUAGUGAUAACGUCCUUCGUUGUUUGAGGAAGGCCUAAACAUCUACAAUACAAUCCUAGGACCUAAUCCGCCUCUC